GAAGCGAAUGUAUUUCCUUCCCGUGAUCUUUUGCGGGCGGGCAUAAUCCUUCCCAGGAUGCAUUCCGAGCAGGACGUGACCGUUGUGUUACCAAAUUGAGACGCCUGGGUACGAGGCAGACCUCAACAAGCUAUAUAAAGAUGGAGGAUAUUUUGAAAAUUGAACGAGAAUUUCUUGAUCAGACUUUUAAAGACAUUAAGGUGGAUGGAAAUUAUUUCUAUGGCGUCUAUGACGAGACCGACAAGCCGUUUGAGUCUGUUCUUAGAGACUUUUUCAGCCUCUCGUCAUGCCGAUUUGUGAAAGUUCAUCACCACGCGAAGGCGAAAGGGCACAAACGAUUUUCUGAUUCAGCAUCACCAAUGUUUCAGCAAACUAGAGGACAUGUCCCCAUAGAGUUCUUCGGACACCCAUUCCAGUUAGAGUCCACAGAAACAAGACACUGCCUCCAUGGGUCAAUCAAGGACAGCAAAGGAGGCAGGUGCAGCAAUUCUCACCCUGGAGAACAUGACUAUGCAGAAGUCUAUCGCUACACUCCUAAACGCACGCGGAAAGUCGACUGUCCUGCUGUGAUACAGAUUCGAUGUAUCAGGGUGUUCAAGGGAUAUGCUGUCAACAUGGCCUCCUACUCGACCCCAUAUAGCCUGAAAAUAGCCAAGACAGCUGUGAUUGAUCGCUUAAAAAAGGAUCUGCAUGGUCUACCUCCCCCGCCAUCCAUACUUAGAUACUUUGUGAAGCUUCCAUUGAGCACCGAGCAUACAGGGCAUCUUCUAGGGGAGGCAGCAGUUAUUGAACGAGAAAUGAAAAAGAGAAUGAAACGAAAAACUAGACCUAAAGAGAAGCAACCAAAGAAGAGAAAGCAACAAAAGAAACACAGGCAACCCAAUCAGCAAAUACAGCCUAACCAUGGAUUGUUAUCUGUAGUGCCGCAUAGCAUGAUGGGACAGAAUUUGUGUUCUCUUCAAACUGUUGACUCUGCACAAAUAUUUGACUUUCCAGACUCUUUCAACUUUCCAGAAGCUUUUGAAUCUUCAGAUAGCCCAAACUCCCCACCAACUUUGGAAACUCCCCAAAGUGUGGACACCAUUUUAGAAACAGAAAGACAAUUUGUCCAUCAGCUAUUCACAGAAGUAAGGAGCGAGGGUAAUUAUAUCUAUGGAGUAUAUGACCAAGCGGACAAGACCUUAGAUUCCAUCCUUAAAGACUACUUUCACCUUUCAUCAAGUGUUUUUGUAAAAGUGCAUCACCACUCAAAGGAAAAGGGGCACAAGCGGUUUUCAGAUUCAGCAUCACCCAUGUUUCAGCAAACCAGAGGAAAUGUCCCCAUAGAGUUCUUUGGACACCCAUUCCAGUUAGAGUCCACAGAAACAAGACACUGCCUCCAUGGCUCAAUCAAGGAUAGCAAAGGAGGCAAGAUUGGAGAGAACCGCUACACACCUAAACGCACGCGGAAAGUCGACUGUCCCGCUGUGAUACAGAUUCGGUGUAUCAGGGUGUUCAAGGGAUACACCUUUGACCCGGCUUCCUACUCGACCCCUUAUAGCCUGAAAAUGGCCAAGGCAGCUGUGAUUGGUCGCUUAAAGACAGAUCUUCAGGGUCUUUCUCCCCCGCCAUCCAUACUUAGAUACUUUGUGAAGCUUCCAUUGAGCACCGAGCAUACAGGACAUCUACUAGGGCCUGGCGCGAGCCACAAGCUAGUAGAUAAGACACCGUCAAAGCGAUCUUCAAGAAAAAGGCGCCAUGUAAACUGAUUUGGUUGUUUUUCCCCUUUCUUGUAUACGUCUUUGUAGUAAAAAAUGACUUAGUCGACCA